AUGGCUCUCGCCACUGCGGCGAUUGCGGCCGGAACUUGGGCAGCGGCGGCAUACCUCGAUGCGAAGUUCCAUCUACGAAAAGAUCUAGAGGUGUUGACGCGCUUGAAAAAAGCAGAGAAGGACUACAGCAAGGUGGUCAAGGAAGACAAAGUCAGCUGCUGGUACAUCCUCGACGAGGCUUGCCAUAAGCAUUGGAAUUCGAAUUGUAUAUGGUUCCAGGGAAAAUGGAUCACAUACGGCCAGUUCUACGAACAGACCAUCCAGUAUGCCAACUGGCUGCUGGAACAGGGCAUUCGCCCGGGUGAGCUGGUCGGCAUGUACCUCAUCAACUCGCCCGAAUUUAUGAUGAUCUGGUUUGCGACCCUGUGCAUAGGUGCCGCACCAGCUUUCUUGAAUUACAAUCUCGAGGGCAAGGCACUUCUCCACUGCCUCGAAGUCUGCGAGACGACCCUCAUCGUCGUCGACUCCGACGCAAGCUGCCAACGUCGCAUCGACUCCAGUCGCUCCGUCAUUGAAGCCAAAGGCACCCGCAUUGCGAUCCUCGACGAGUCUCUUAAGAGUCUAGUCCGCUCCAAGUCCACCCAAUGCCCCGAAGACAGCUACCGCGCCGGCACAUCAGGCGGCUUCCCCUACUGCCUAAUCUACACCUCCGGCACAACCGGCCUCCCCAAAGGCUGCGCAUUCACCCAAUCACGUACGCGCCUCCUGGGCGGGCACCUCAAGCCCUACUUCGACGGCACUCCCGGUCGCGACACCUGGUACAACUCCAUGCCAUUAUACCACGGCACGGGCGCAAUCACCUCCUCCGUCGCCCUGCUUGGCGGCCUCGGCCUCGCCAUCGCGCCCAAAUUCUCCGUCUCCCGCUUCUGGAACGACAUCCACGAUUCCGGCGCCACAAUGUUCAUCUACGUCGGCGAGACCGCUCGGUACUUGCUCAACGCUCCUCCCCAUCCACUCGAACGCAAACACAACUUGCGCCUGUGCUACGGCAACGGGCUCCGUCCAGACGUAUGGCAUAAAUUCCAAGAACGCUUCAACAUCCCCGAAGUAGGCGAAUUCUUCAACUCCACCGAAGGCAUGUUCUCGCUCGUCGUCUGGGACAAGGGUCCGUUCCUCGCUGCGUGUGUAGGCCACCAUGGCCUUAUCCUCCGCAGCCUCCUGCAUGGAACGUACGUCCCCGUCGCGAUCGACCACGAGACGGGCGAUAUCUGGCGGAAUCCCAAUACCGGCCUCGCGAAACGCACGAGCUACGAAGAAGGAGGGGAGAUUUUGGUAGCGGUGCCGAAUAAAGAAGCGUUUCAGGGAUAUUGGCGCAAUGACGGCGCGACGAACAAGAAGUUCGCGGUGGAUGUGUUGAAGAAGGGAGAUAUCUGGUAUCGGUGUGGUGAUGCGUUGAGGCGGGAUGCGGAUGGGAAGUGGUUUUUUUUGGACCGUUUGGGGGAUACCUUCCGGUGGAAGAGCGAGAAUGUCUCUACCGCGGAAGUUGGUGAAUGCUUAGGGAAAUACCCUGGUGUUGCGGAGGCCAACGUCUACGGCGUGUUGGUGCCGAAUCAUGAGGGUAGAGCGGGAUGCGCGGCGUUAAACUUGGACCAAGGUAUCGACGUCAAGGACUUUGACUAUAAUGCCUUGUUGAGGUACACGCGCGAGCGUCUGCCGAGGUACGCGGUGCCGGUGUUUCUGAGGGUGGUGAAGGCGUCGACGCAUAUUCAUAAUCACAAGCAGAAUAAGGUACCUCUGCGCAAGGAAGGCGUGGAUCCGAAGCUGGUGGGAAGUGAAGCACCGGAAGGAAAAGACGAUCUGUUUCUGUGGUUGCCGCCUAAAGGGGAUGCAUAUGUGCCCUUUGAUGGGCAGGCGUGGACAACAUUAGAAGCUGGGCAGGCUAGGCUGUAG